AUGGAGAUGGAUGACGACCCGGACCCAGAAAUGAAAACCGGAACACCGGGCCACCCUAUCAGUAUCUCGAGCGGUUCUCCAUAUCAAGGAUCGUCGUACCAAGGGCCCGAUCCAUUUAAACAAUGGUGGUCAAAGUUUAAAUGGGAAUUCACCCCUUCAUAUCAUAACUCCCUGGCUCAACCUCCUUUGAAUGAGCCUUACCUUCAAGUUGUCACUCCUCCACCUCUUCCUGUUGAGGAACCGCCUCAACAACCACCUCAGCCACCUCCCGAGCCGCCGAGGCGAAGGAGGAAUGCACGAAUAUCUGUGCGAGGAGGACCUCGGUUCAGUUCUCCUCAAGGUUCAAGUUCUUACCCUCCUAUCCCCGAGGACCCACAAAUGGGUGGACCCUCGCACGCGAUGCCGGAAGAUGAUCCUCUGCCGGUUUCUUAUGCAGCACCGCCACCGCCAGCGGGUUUCGAAAACCCGAAACCUACAUACCCAGGUUCUUCUGGGUAUAACCCUUUUGAAUACCCAACUUCUGCGGGUUAUGGAACUCAUGAUCCAUACCUUACGGCUGCACAGUACAAUGCACUAUAUCCUUCUUCUUACCCUCCAGUUUACCCAACUGGAUAUCCGGUGCAGGGGUACCAAUACCCACCUUACCAGCAACCUCCUCCUCCCCAACAGGAGCAAACUCAGGAGAUCCUGCAGAGGUUAGACAGGGUUGAGCGUGAAGCAGAUGAAACCAAAAAGAAGCACAAUAGCUUUCUCAAAGGCCUUGCGAGCCUUAUUAAAGGCAAGAAGAAGUAG